AUGGGCAGAAAAUUUUUCGUCGGCGGCAACUGGAAAUGCAAUGGAACCUCGGAAGAGGUGAAGAAGAUCGUGUCGACACUCAAUGCUGGUGAAGUGCCAUCUCAGGAUGUUGUGGAGGUCGUGGUGAGCCCUCCAUUCGUGUUUCUUCAACUGGUGAAAAGUUUGUUGAGGCCUGAUUUUCAUGUUGCGGCCCAAAAUUGCUGGGUAAAGAAAGGUGGUGCUUUUACUGGUGAGGUUAGUGCUGAGAUGCUCGUUAAUCUGGGCAUUCCUUGGGUCAUUCUUGGCCAUUCUGAAAGGAGGCUUAUUUUAGGGGAAUCAAAUGAGUUUGUUGGAGAUAAAGUUGCAUAUGCUCUUGCUCAAGGUUUGAAGGUAAUAGCUUGUGUUGGUGAGACUCUUGAGCAGAGAGAAUCAGGAUCGACUAUGGAUGUUGUUGCCGCACAAACUAAGGCAAUCGCAGAAAGAGUAUCAGAUUGGUCUAAUGUGGUUUUGGCCUAUGAGCCUGUUUGGGCUAUUGGAACUGGGAAAGUUGCAACUCCCGCUCAGGCUCAGGAAGUACAUUCUGAAUUAAGGAAAUGGCUUCAAGUGAACACCAGCCCUGAAGUUGCUGCUACAAUCAGGAUUAUCUAUGGAGGUUCUGUAAGUGGUGCCAACUGCAAGGAAUUGGCUGCAAAACCUGAUGUCGAUGGUUUUCUGGUUGGUGGAGCUUCUCUCAAGCCUGAAUUCAUUGACAUUAUCAAGUCUGCUGAGGUGAAGAAAAAUGCCUAG